AUGCCACCACCUCCCCACUUUGAUGAAUGGUAUGCGUUUGCAAUGUCGCGAAACACAGUCUUGAUCGAUGAAUUCGAUACCAUAUAUCAUACGUUGCUGCCUUUCUGGGGACUUGCACCCAGUACGAUUCGUUCGCGUGUGAGAGAGGACCUUGGCUAUGAUAAUCGCGUUAUGGGAAUUGCCAUUCGCGACGGCAAAGCUAUUCAUUUGGGCAACGGCCAGGGAAACUGGCAGAAAAAUGCAACAAUGGAAAUUCUUGAACAGUUCGCCCAUUGGUUACCGGACAUGAAUUUGGAAUUCAAUGUACACGACGAGCCACGAGUAGUAGUUCCGCAUGAGGAAUUACACAAGCUGAUCACUGAAGGCUAUGCAGCCCACGCCCGGCUGUCUGGUAACUCAUCAUUGUUGAAUCUAUUUUCGCCGGGUGAUCUGGAUGACCCCGUCCCACCAGUGCCGGUCUUCACGACCAGAUUCAACGACCUCGGGCUCCAAGAUACAUGGCUUUACUCGCGGCUUUCAUGUCCACUAGACACACCUGCCAGGGCACUAGAUGGUGACGCGCCAGACAACACAAGUGCUUACGCAAUGGGUCCUUUGGGCUUUGUGUUCAACCAAACUGCGGCUACUGAUAUCUGCAACAGUCCGUCAUUGCGACAUCGACUGGGACUUUUUAAUCAUCCAAACGCUUUCAAAUUGACAAAUGAGCUGACCCCGAUAUUUUCCACAUCCAAUCCGUCUUCAUUCCAGGAUAUUGCAGUCCCCUCGCCGUGGUAUUACGAAGAAAUCUCAAAAUUCGACGCAGAAACCUCGGUCAAAUGGGAGGAUAAGCUACACCAGCUAUACUGGCGCGGAAAAUCCAACGGUGGGCAUAGUCGGAAUGGCUCCUGGCGUAAUCUGCAUCGUCAGCGUAUCAUCGGGAACUUGACCCAUCCACAAUCGCCGCAAUAUCUCAUGCAGCCAAAGAGUGAAAGCUGUAUAGCAGACCACAUUGACGGCUGGGAUGUCCGAAUAGCAAAUCGAUCACAGAUCGAGGGAUACUUCAAUACCCAUUUCACAGAGGUUGUAGAUUGCGACGAGGAUUGUGAUGAAGCUAGAGCGUUUUUCAACGAUGUCGUGGAACCAGAUCCUCCCAGUGAGGCCUGGAAAUACCGGUAUCUGCUUGAUAUGGAUGGUCAUGCCUACAGCGGGAGGUUUUACGCCUUCAUGCGCAGCAAGAGUGUUCCAUUCAAGUUGACUUCCUUCCGGGAGUGGCAUGAGGAUGUCUUGAUCCCGUGGAUUCACUAUGUGCCGAUUAACCAAGACGGGAAUGAGAUCCCUGAGUUGAUACGGUUUUUCGAGGAAGAUCCUGCGGGCCAGGAGAUUGCUCGAUCUAUUGGCGAAGAGGGUCAAUCUUGGGCGGCUAGGGCGAUCAGAAAUGAGGAUAUGGAUGUUUACAUGUUUCGACUUCUCUUGGAAUAUGCCCGUGUGCAAGAUAACCAGAGAGAGAAUCUGGGAUUUAUAUUGUAG